AUGGUCUAUACACCUACGAUCGUAAAAAAAAGGUUACCCGCGGAGAAGGUGAAGGCGAUUAUGGAUGCUGCAAGAGAUCAUUACUACGAUCAUCUCACGUCCCAUCACUCGAAGGGUUUCAGGAAGCUACUGGAUCAGUAUAGGAGUGUUGUGCAUCGUUAG